UUCAGGGUUUCUGGAUCGAGUUGUACGGAUGAAGAAACUGAGGCUUGGAGAGACGAGGUCACUUGACUAAGGUCUUAAGUUCAGCUGUGGCCACUUAACAUUUCUUGACCAUCUGCCGUCUGCAGGACUUCAAAGAGGGAGACCAAGGGGCAGUUUCUUAUUGACCACAUCUGCAACUACUACAGCUUGCUGGAGAAGGACUACUUUGGCAUUCGUUAUGUGGACCCAGAGAAGCAGCGGCACUGGCUUGAACCUAACAAGUCCAUCUCCAAGCAAAUGAAAUCUCAUCCACCAUACACCAUGUGCUUUAGAGUGAAAUUCUACCCACACGAACCCCUGAAGAUUAAAGAAGAGCUCACAAGGUACCUUUUGUACCUGCAAAUUAAGAGAGAUAUUUUCCAUGGUCGACUGCUCUGCUCCUUUUCCGAUGCCGCCUACCUGGGUGCCUGUAUCGUUCAAGCUGAGCUCGGUGAUUACGAUCCUGAUGAACAUCCUGAGAAUUACAUCAGUGAGUUUGAGAUUUUCCCCAAGCAGUCGCAGAAGCUGGAAAGGAAAAUAGUGGAAAUCCAUAAAAAUGAACUCAGAGGCCAGAGCCCACCGGUCGCUGAAUUUAAUUUGCUCCUGAAAGCUCAAACUUUGGAAACCUAUGGGGUGGAUCCCCACCCGUGCAAGGAUUCAACAGGCACAACAACAUUUUUAGGAUUCACUGCUGCAGGUUUUGUGGUAUUCCAGGGGAAUAAGAGAAUCCAUUUGAUAAAAUGGCCAGAUGUCUGCAAAUUGAAGUUUGAAGGGAAGACAUUUUAUGUGAUUGGCACCCAGAAGGAGAAAAAAGCCAUGUUGGCAUUCCAUACUUCAACACCAGCUGCCUGCAAACAUCUUUGGAAGUGUGGGGUGGAGAACCAGGCCUUUUAUAAGUAUGCAAAAUCCAGUCAGAUCAAGACGGUGUCAAGCAGCAAGAUAUUUUUUAAAGGAAGUAGAUUUCGAUACAGCGGUAAAGUUGCCAAAGAGGUGGUGGAGGCGAGCUCCAAAAUCCAGAGGGAGCCUCCAGAGGUGCACAGAGCCAACAUUACUCAGAGCCGCAGUUCCCACUCCUUGAACAAACAGCUUAUCAUUAACAUGGAGCCCCUGCAGCCCCUGCUGCCUUCCCCCAGCGAGCAGGAGGAGGAACUCCCACUGGGUGAGGGUAUUCCGUUGCCCAAAGAAGAUGCCACUUCUGCCCCCUUGAUCUCCAGCUCACCAGUGAAGGAAUCCCGUGACUAUGAAGACCCCCCAAGUGAAGAGGAAGAGAAAAUGAAAGAAGAGCCCUUGACCAUCUCGGAACUGGCAUACAACCCCAGUGCCAGCCUGCUCCCCACCCCGGUUGACGAUGAGGAGAUUGACAUGCUCUUUGACUGUCCAUCUAGGCUGGAGUUGGAAAGAGAAGACACAGACUCGUUCGAGGAACUGGAAGCAGACGAAAACGCCUUUUUAAUGGCCGAAGAAGAGGAGCUGAAGGAGGCUCGCCAGGCUUUGUCGUGGAGCUAUGACAUUCUGAGUGGCCAUAUUCGGGUGAACCCACUGAUCAAGAGUUUUUCCAGGCUCCUUGUGGUGGGCCUGGGGCUGCUGCUCUUUGUAUUCCCCCUGCUCCUCCUCCUUUUGGAGUCAGGUAUUGAUCUCUCCUUCUUAUGUGAAAUCCGCCAGACGCCCGAGUUUGAGCAGUUUCACUAUGAAUACUACUGUCCUCUCAAGGAGUGGGUGGCUGGCAAAGUCAACCUCGUUCUCUACAUGCUGGGUUGCUCAUAAAACUCCUCUCUCAUAUGACUAAGGGCUAUAUUCAAUACUAGUGAUUUGGUUUUUUUCAGCAAAUGCCUGGUUCUGAGUGGUCACGGGGCCGUCAACAGGUGUUCCUUACUCCUCUGAUUAUUCAAACCUUUAAGUUAGCUUUCCAUUAUUCAUGGCAAAUACAGUUAUUUUAGUUACAGGCCAGGAAGAUGGCCUCUAAAUAACCAAAAACACAUUUAUUUUUUAUUAUAGUACAGACAUACUCUUUAUCUAUUAUAAUACAUUGAGCCGAAUUAGAUUUCCUCCUUUUUUAAAAUAGUUAUUAGCACCAUUACAAGCUAUAAGGUUCAGAAUCAGAAUUUUAGUAAAAACCCAAGAGACAGUUUUUGGAUAUAAUCCUUAGAGAAAACAAUGUCCUCUAACCAAUGCCUAUACAACUAAAUUUAUGCUGGGCUUUUGUUUUUGUUUUUUUAAAAAUAUUUUUAUGUGUUCAAAAUAUUUUGGUAAAUUUUUGGCAAAAAAAGAAGCCUCCUGGAGUUAUUUAAGUGUACAGAUUGUAAGAUUAAUGCACAAAGGGUAUGUCAGGAAUUUUUUAAUGUUUUGGCACUGGUUUGUUUUUUAAAAUAUUUUUGGCUGAACAAUCACAUAAUUUGUUGUUACCUGCAUAUGAGACAGAAAAUAGGAAGAAAAAUACUGUAGAAAAUAAGCUCUGAAAUGGAUGAUGGAACUGGAGGAUGCAGACAUGGAAAAAUGGACCACCCAGUGUCCACUUGAGGCUCUCCAAGUAGUUGGACAAGAUGACUUGCUACUUUCAUCUGCAUUCUGUCCAUUUAUUCUGGCUGAGGGAACAGAAUGUUUUUAAAAGAAAGUGAAACUUUAAAGGAAAAAAGGUAAAGGAUAUGUUAGUUAAUUGCAUAUUAUUGUACCUUAACCCAACAGUGGAAGCAGAUGGGAACUGGUAAAAGGGCAAGUAGAAAAACAAGAGUUCUGGUGAGGCUGGUAGAGGCAGGCAAGUGGUGGUAGACAAAUGAUCUAUUUUAUGAAAGUGGUGGUGUUGCAAGGUAUUGGAUGAUGUAAAGAACAAUGCACUCUGAGUUGACAUAAAUAUGUUUAAGUGGAUUAAAAUAAAAGUGGAAAAACUUGAAGGUACUUUUUUUGGUCCUUCAUGCCAUUCAUCGAGAUUCCAUGGAAGAAAGUUUAACAGAAGUGUGUGUAAGAGACAGAGAGAGAGAGACAGAGAGAGAGAGAAAGGAAGAAAGAGUGUGAAGAGCAUGGAUCUUGGCUUUUUGAUAAAUGCUGAUGGUCUUCCUUGUGGUGGUGACUAUACACCUUUACUUUCCUAGUUUCCUUUCCCUCAUUCAUUAACUGGGGCUCUCAUUAAGAAAGUGGAGGGGACUCAUUAGAUGGAUAUACCAUUUUGGCUUCGAUGAAGUAGUGAAAUGACUCCCUAAGCUGACAGUACAGGGGAUAAAUGCCCUAAUUACCUUGAUACCAUUAAAUCCAGGACGGAAAGGCUCCGACGCCUUCCCGUGGAGAAUACUUACCAAUACUGAGCUAUAAGUGAGAAAGGGAAGAGUAAGGAGCUUAGGGCAUAAAGCAUAGGGAUUUCUCCAGACUGUAAAUGAAGGCAUGGAAUGUUUUCAGAGGGACUGGGCUGCCUGUAGUCUUUCCCUAACUCCAGCUCUCCCAUUAGCAUAAUUUCCAAAUUGGCCAUUCCAGUCCUACUCAUUUGUGGAGCACAGAGGGCUUUAUUAGACAUUUAAUUUUGUAAAUCAGUUUUCACAGUCAGCUUAUCAAGCCUUAAGUUGAGCAAACUAUAAUUUGCUAUUAAGUUUAUAGGGUGUUCUUUCUUAUGUACUUGACUCCUGCAAUUCAAUACCAAUAAUGAAAUCAAUUAACUAUAAUUUAUUUUGGAAGUCUGCAAAUGGCCACCUUUGAAACUGACAUUUCCCCCCCCUUAUUUAUGGCUUAAAGUCAUACUUUUUGACAUAAGGGUACACUAGUGUUGUCGGAACACAAUUAGUACCCCCUUCUAAUCAUGCUUCACAUCAUUGUCUUUGAAGUUCUAACCAUAGCAAAUCAUCCAGCCCUUGCCCCUUUAAACUAAUAUUAAACAGUAUUUUUUAAUUAUGGAAGUAAUUUAUUGCCCAUCAUAAAACUGAAAAAAUACUGACCGGAUAAAUAUCACACAUAGUCCAGCCAUGCAGAUUUACAUUAAGGACUAAUAAACAUAUAAUUUUAACAUUUCCAGCUAACAUCUCUUUUCUCUUAGACAAAACCUUCACUGUUGAAGUAGAAAUGUUUUUAAGUGAAAGAGUUGACAGGAGAGUCUGCUGAAUUUAAACAUUAGCUACGAGAGGUAAAACUCGGAUCCUGAAAUGUCAUUUUGUCAGGAUAGAAUCAGUGUCUUUUAGAAAAUAUCCACUUAAGUUUUGUUAGAAGACAGUCACCAGUUGCCUGAAUCAAAUGAGGAAAAGACUGCUUCCAAAGAUGGAGAAUAUAUAAUACAGUGAGAUACAGAAUUCAAAGCAAGUGUGUGAGUAUAUGUAUAUUCCAUAUUAUUGGUAUAUAUGUGUUACUAUAUGAAUCUGUAUAUAUGUGUGUAUUUGUAUACACACAACUGAUACGCCCUUCGUACGUAGUUGUUUUUAUUUUCCCCAGUAGUGGAAUUUGUGACACAUUGUUAUUCCUUUUCCCUCUCAGAUAUCAUAGUGGAUAAAACCCAGUCUCAAAGGGUUCAAUUUUCCAUGAAAACCACCAUGUGUAUAUUUGUGGUUUUGUAUACACACAUAUAUGGCAAAUACAUAUACACACACAAUCUUGUCUUUAGUGCUAAUGCAAGUUGGAUCAUGAAAAAAAUGUAGGUGAAGUGUCGUGUAUUUCUGUCUGUGCUUGGAACAUACUGUAAAAUGUUAUGUACCUGGAAUAUAUUUUGUGGCUUGUCUAAUAUUUAUAAAGACAACUCUGGGAAGAAUUCAAAAUGAAUCGAUUUCAUUGAAAUACUAGAGAUAUGGGGGCCAUGUUACCUGUGAUUGGAGCCUUAUCUUUGUAUAGUGAAAUCUGCAUUUCUAUGUCAACAUCCAGAUUGUUUUAUAUGUUAAUAUGGUGGCAGGAAUCCCUAAUAAAAAUACUCUGGGGAAAAA